GCAGCUGCUGCGCGUUGUUCCUCCAUCUCCUGCCGGCGCGGCCGAGCGGAGCUGAGCGCGGGAGGGGACGUCGGCGCCGCCGGGCGGGAAGCGGGGCGAGGAGGCCGUACGCUGCCGGGAGGUGACGGAAACGAGGGGGGACCCGCGGCCCUCCGCGCCCGCCCCCUGCGCCACCCGCCAUGGCGAGAAGGCCCGGCGGCCCCUGAGCGAGGCGCACAGGCACCCACAGACCGAGACUAUCCCCCCUCCCGGCCGCGGCCCGGCCCGGGCCCGGCCGCCAUCAGCGGAGCGAAGCCGCCCGGCUCCCCCCUCUGCCCGCAACAUGGAGGCCGUGAAAGCCUUUAACAGCGAGUUGUACUCGCUAAAUGAUUAUAAGCCACCCAUUUCUAAAGCUAAAAUGACACAGAUCACCAAGGCAGCAAUCAAGGCUAUAAAGUUCUACAAGCAUGUUGUACAAAGCGUUGAGAAGUUCAUUCAAAAGUGCAAACCAGAAUACAAAGUACCUGGUCUGUAUGUCAUUGACUCCAUUGUGAGACAGUCCCGACAUCAGUUUGGACAAGAAAAGGAUGUAUUUGCUCCAAGAUUCAGUAAUAACAUCAUCAGCACUUUCCAGAACUUGUACCGUUGUCCUGGAGAUGACAAGAGUAAAAUUGUUAGAGUGCUAAAUUUAUGGCAGAAGAAUAAUGUGUUCAAGAGUGAAAUUAUCCAACCUCUCUUGGAUAUGGCAGCAGGAAUUCCUCCUCCAGUUGUGACCCCUGUCCUGCCCAGCACUACAGCUGCUAUGAGCAACAAUACGCCAGGAACACCUGUGACUCCAGUUACUCCAGCCAAUGUGGUACAGAGUUUACCUGAUCCUUGGGUGUCUCAGAUUGCUAACACAGAUACCCUUGCUGCUGUUGCACAGAUUUUACAGAGUCCUCAAGGCCAACAGCUUCAGCAAUUGAUACAGACACUGCAGAUACAGCAGCAAAAACCUCAGCCUUCACUACUUCAAGCCCUGGAUGCUGGUCUUGUCGUUCAGUUACAGGCCCUCACAGCACAACUUACAGCUGCAGCUGCUGCUGCUAACACACUUAAUCCGUUGGAACAGAGUGUCUCUUUUAAUAAGAAGCUGAUGGACAGGUUUGACUUUGGGGAAGAAUCUGAACAAAAUGAAGAGCCUAAAAAGGAAACUCCCACUUCCCAACUGCCUUUAGUACCAGAGUCUGUGAACAAUUCACUUUUUCACCAACUAGCUGAACAGCUACAGCAACAAAAUUUAGAACAUCUCAGACAGCAGCUUCUAGAGCAACAGCAGCCUCAAAAGGCAAGCCCAGAGGAGAAUCAAGAAGGAAAUUUUGGUUCAGAGCACUCUGCAUCGCCAUCACAAGGGAGUAGUCAACAGCAAUUUUUAGAAGUGGAAACAAAUGUAGAUGAUUCAAUUGAUAUUCAGCAACAGGACAUGGAUAUAGAUGAAGGUCAGGAUGUUGCUGAAGAAGAGGUUUUUGAACAAGAGGAAAAGAAAUCGGCUGUUCGUUCAAGAUCAAGAACUCGUUCAAGAUCUCGUUCCAGGUCACCAAGAAAACGAAGGUCUAGAUCACGAUCUGGUUCUCGCAAGCGUAAACACAGGAAACGUUCACGCUCAAGAUCAAGAGAAAGGAAGAGAAAGUCAUCUCGAUCAUAUUCUAGUGAAAGAAGGGCUAGGGAAAGGGAAAAGGAACGUCAGAAAAAGGGAUUGCCUCCCAUACGGUCAAAAACACUAAGUGUUUGCAGUACUACUCUUUGGGUAGGUCAAGUAGACAAGAAGGCUACGCAGCAAGAUUUAACUAACUUGUUUGAAGAAUUUGGACAAAUAGAGUCAAUUAAUAUGAUUCCCCCAAGAGGCUGUGCUUAUGUCUGUAUGGUUCACCGACAAGAUGCAUAUCGUGCUCUUCAGAAACUUAGUUCUGGAUCUUAUAAAAUUGGAUCUAAAAUUAUUAAGAUUGCCUGGGCUUUGAAUAAAGGUGUGAAAACAGAAUAUAAGCAAUUCUGGGAUGUGGAUCUGGGAGUUUCAUAUAUUCCUUGGGAGAAAGUAAAACUGGAUGAUUUAGAGGGCUUUGCUGAAGGUGGCAUGAUUGACCAGGAAACAGUAAAUACAGAGUGGGAGACAGCCAGAAGCUCAGAAGCUGCUAAAGAAAAUACUCAAACUACGCAGAGUGCUGCAGUUGAUAAGAGUACAGUUAUUACAACACAGACAGAAGCUUACACGCAACCAGUCACUAUGCUGCAGAUUCCAGUAGCUCCAGCUGUGCCUGCUGUUAGCUUGGUUCCACCUGCAUUUCCUGUCACAAUGCCUGUCCCUCCUCCUGGUUAUAGUGCAAUUCCUCCUCCUCCCUUCUUGCGAGCGAGUUUCAACCCUUCACAGCCACCUCCAGGUUAUAUGCCUCCCCCAGUUCCACCUGUGGUCCCACCACCUGUUGUCCCACCACCUGUUGUCCCACCAGUGGUUCCAACACCUUUAGUACAACCUCCAUUACCAAUUGCACAAGAAACGAUGAAGGAUGUUCCUUUUACUAGCCUUGUUCUACCAGUUGGCACAGUUACUAGCAAUUUAGCUACUCCAACAUUAUCUGCUGGAAGUGUUUUUAAUCCUCUUCCAAUCAACAAACCAGAAUCAGAUGAAAAGGGAUCACAUCUUACAGACCUUCAGAUUUCUUCCAGUGAAAACAGUAGAUCUGUGCAAAGUGAUGUCUCGAGUAGCUCUGGACUCGGAGGAGUGCAGCCAUCCAGUGUCUCAAGCAGUUCUGGGCUUACUGGAGAAGGGCAACCACCCAGCGUCUCAAGUAGCUGUGGACUUGUAGGGGGAGUACAGCCACCCAGUGUUUCAAGCAGCUCUGGACUUGUAGGAGUGCAGCCACCAACUGUUUCAAGCAGUUCUGGUCUUGCAGGAGGAGUACAGCUACCUGCCGUCUCCAGUAGCUCUUCUCUUGCCAGUGGAGUUCAGCCAGCCAGUGUCUCAAGCAGCUCUGGACUUAUGGCUGGAGUUCAACCACCAAGUGUCUCGAGUAGCUCAGGGCUUCUUGCUGGAGUGCAUCCACCCAGUGUCUCCAGCAACCCUGGCCUUCUGACAGGAAUGCAGCCACCAAGUGUCUCAAGCAGCUCAGGAGUUCUAGCAGGAGUACAGCCACCAAGUGUCUCAAGCAACUCUGGGCUUCUCAUAAUGCCACCACCCAAUGUUUCAAGUAGUUCUGGACUUAUGGGAGUGCCACCACCAAAUAUUUCAAGUAGUUCUGGACUUCUGGCAAUGCAGCAUCCAGCUGGGGUUCAAAAUAUGCCUCAUUUAAAUAUUAGUAGUCAAAGGAUGCCGGGAAUGCCCAUCAUAGAUAUUCGUCCAGGCCUAAUGCCCCAUUCACCUGGACCAAGGUUUCCAUUAAUGCAGCCAGGAAUGCCACCACAGCGUAGUAUUCCUCCUCCAGCAAUCCUUGAUCCAUCUCUUCACCCACCACCUCGAGGUCCUUUUCCUCCAGUAGAUAUUUUUAAUCAACCAGAAAGACCCUUUGGAACACCAGGAAGACAAAAUAUUGAUAGCAUUUCUAAUCCAGAGAAAAGACUACCACUUGGAGGUGAUAACAUUCAGCAGGAAGGAGACAGAGAUUAUCGCUUUCCUCCAGUGGAAAACCGAGAUAAUCUUAACAGACCAUCUCCAGUGGAUGUCAGAGAUUCUGUUGGACGACCACCAGUUGAUCCAAGAGAGGGUAUUGGAAGGCCUCCAGUAGAUGGAAGAGAACACUUCGCAAGACCACAUGUAGACAUGAGAGAAAAUUUUGGAAGACCAGGUAUAGAUAACCUUGGUCGCCGAGAGCAUUUUGCUUUCAAUUCAGACAAGCACUGGGGACAGAGAGGAGAUUAUGAUGAAAGAGAGCACCAUGCCUUCCCUAUUUAUGGUGGCCCUAAAGGCUUCCAUGAAGACAGAGAGAGGUUUCGGCAUGGGAACUAUAGGUUUGAUAGUAGAAGUGGUCCCAAUUGGAACAGAGGAUUUGACCAAGAUGCUCACAGAGAUUUUGAUGACCGCAGAAGACCCUGGGAAAGACAGAGGGAUAGGGAUGACAGAGAUUUUAAUUUUUGCAGAGAAAUUAAUGGGAACAGGUUUGGAAGAGACAGAAUGUCAAACAACUGGAUCCCCCCUCCACAUCCACGGGUGUUUGAAUAUUUUGAUGGGGCCACUUCCCAACGCAAACCCGAUAAUACACCCCAGGUAAAUGGUGAAAAUACAGAGACAGAAAGUCAGCCACCAACGGCACAGGUGCAGGAUGAUCCAGAACUUUAUGAAAAACUGACAUCUUCCGUCGAGAUAAACAAAGAGAAGAGUGACACAGAAGCUGAUAUAGAAAGUGAACCAGUGGUAGAAAGCACAGAAACUGAGGGGACAUAAUCAUCACUCAGUAGGUAAAAGAUACCUUUUGUAAAGUUGUCAUCUCUCUGUAAUAGAUAAAUGGCUGACCUGGACCGUAGCAGUUCACUUUUGUCUGCCAGAAUUAAGUUAAUCUGAUGUUCAUGUUCAUCUUUCACUUAAAUAACUGUACAACUGACUUGUAUAGAACACUGUUCUUAAUUUGAACAUGGUAGGUAAACCUUCUUUUUUUUUUUUUUUUUUUUUUUUUUAUUUCUCUGGUAAAGCAUAAACUUGCCCCCACUUGUUUUUAAUUUCACAAAGAUAAAAUAACAGCUUGUCAAACAAAGACUUCCUAUGGAAGAAAGUGGAAUUUUUUAGAUAUUACCCUUAGGUUGGCUAUCGAAAUUGUCAUACUUGAAAAGAGGUGCUGGUGUAUCUUGUCCGUGUUUUUAGGCUGCUGCAGAAUUUUAAAGUAUAGACAAAGCUGUGACAUUUUAUGUUCCUACAAUUCGGCAGAAAAAAAGAAAUGGCCCAUGUUAUUUAAGGAGCAUAAUACAGAGAUUAAAAGUGAUUUUGUAAAAUCUACACUAUAGUCUCUGUUUUCUCUAAAGUAAGUGUUCGUGAUUUGUUCUCGUACUGCAGUGGGUUUAAAAAAAUGAAAAAGUACAUUUUAAUGUUGGGUGCAUUUUGUUUUUAGAUGCCAAUAAAGCAUAUUUGUUUGAUAACAGUG